AUGUCCAGCGUCUCCUCAGGGGGUCAACUGCUGGAAUGCCCCCUGUAUUUCUCCACAGCUGGGCGGGGAUGGCCUAACGAACCUAAAGCACACACAGCCACGCCCCACGUUUCUCUUAGUCGCCAUCUUUGCCGUGGCGUCAUUUUGCGUCGCAAGGGUGACCCAGAACGAGGGAAUCCUAGGCCCAGAGCCAGAGAAGAAUCCCCGACUGGCCGGAGGAGCCCUGCGGGAAGCCGGGGGCGUCUGGGGAAGGCGGAUGCGAAUUCGGGGGUGCCUGAUGGAUGGGGUCGAGGGCUGCUAAAUGAUGAACGGGUCCUCUCCGGAAAGGAGGACGAGUUCGGCACCGUCGAAAACAUCGACCUGAUCCAUCUCCCCUCCCGCCUCGCCGAGGAUGUCUCUUACGGUCCCACCGGCGCCGCCGGCCUCAUCCAGUCGCCUUACGUUCUAGCCGCUGCCUUCCUCGCCUCCUUCGGCGGCUUCUCCUUCGGCUACGACCAGGGCGUCAUCUCCAUCAUCAAUGUCAUGGAUCAGUUCCACGCUGUUUUCCCCGAGGCCAAGAGCGGCUUCGGUAAGGGCUUGAUAGGCAUGCUAGAGUUUGGAGCCUUUCUCGGCUGCUUUUUCAUGCCCUGGCUCGCCGAUAAGAUCUCCCGAAAAAGGGCCCUGACCGUUGUUGUAAUUAUCUUCAACAUCGGCGCUAUUCUCCAAACUGCUGCUGUCAAUUACGAGAUGCUUGUCGUGGGACGAACAAUUGGUGGAAUUGGCGUUGGUACGCUUGCUAUGGGCGCGCCUCUCUAUAUUGCCGAAAUCGCUCCUCCGAACUUGCGAGGUACUCUUCUCGUCCUCGAAUCCAUCUCUAUCGUUCUCGGCGUUGUCAUCUCCUUCUGGAUCACUUACGGCACACGCGACAUGACCGGCGAGAUCGCCUUCCGCCUGCCCUUCGGCCUCCAGAUGGUCUCUGCUACCAUUGUCGGGGCUGGCAUCCUCUUUUUCCCCUACUCUCCCCGUUGGCUCGCUCUUGUUGGCCGCAAUGAGGACGCCCUCCAGAGUCUCUCCAAGCUCCGCCGUCUCCCCACCACGGACGAGCGCGUCCAGAUCGAGUACCGCGGCAUCGUCGCCGACGCCCAAUUCCAGAAGACUGUCACUGAACGCCGCCAUCCUGGAGUUCAUGGCCUUAAGCUCGAGGUUGUCACUUGGCUCGAUCUCUUCAACCCCAAGACCUGGCGCCGAACUGCCGUCGGCUGCGGUAUCCUAUUCUUCCAGCAAUUCUCCGGCGUGAAUGCUUUUAUCUACUAUGCCCCCACCCUAUUCCAGUCUCUUGGUCAGUCUGAUGGUAUGUCUCUUAUUAUGUCGGGGAUUUUCAACAUCCUUCAGCUAGUUGCUGUCGUCAUCUGCUUCUUCAUCAUCGACCACGUUGGUCGACGACCCCUCGCCAUCUGGGGCGCUGUUGGCGGCGCAAUUUCCUGGGGAGUCAUGGCUAUCCUUGUCGGUCUGUUCUCCAAGAGCUGGGAUUCUCACCCUGCUGCUGGUUGGGCUGCCGUCGCUAUGGCCUUCAUGUUCAUUAUGGUUUACGGAAUCUCCUACUCCCCGCUCGGCUGGGCCCUACCUUCGGAGGUUUUCCCAUCAGCCACCAGGUCUAAAGGCGUUGCCCUAUCUACGGCAACGUGCUGGAUCUCUAAUUUCAUUGUAGGAAUCAUUACUCCGCCUAUGCUGGAAUCUCUUGGCUUCGGAACUUACAUCUUCUACGGCGCGUGGUGUGCCGUAGCUGCUGCUUGGGCCUACCUGCUUGUUCCCGAGACCAAGGGCAAGAGUUUGGAGCAGAUGGACGAAGUUUUUGGAGACAACAGCGGACAGGAAGAACGAGAGAUCAUGAGAGCGACUGCUGCUCAGGCCAUGGGGGUCAUUCCAGCAACCCGGGGUGUGUGA